AGACUUUCAUGUUUUUAUCAUCGAGAGAGGAGUUCGCAUUGUGGUAGUGUGAAGGUUCGGGAAAUCGCCAGCGCCUCCGAACCUCAGCAAUGGCGCCAUGUCUCUUCUCCUGCUUCGGGAAGCGCUCCUCCUCGGAGGCGGCCAAGGGGGUCGGCGCGGCGGCGGCGGAGGGGGCGAUCGAGGGACCGGUGGUGGUGGAGCUCUUCUCGUCGCAGGGCUGCGCCACCUCGCACGAGGCGGAGCUCCUAUUCUCGCGAUUAGGCAGGGGAGACUUCCGCCGGGACGUGCCGGCGCCGCUGGUGUUGCUGGCUUUCCAUGUCGACUAUUGGGAUCAUAUGGGCUGGAAGGACCCGUUCGGGUCGAGCCAAUGGACCGUCAGGCAAAAGGCCUAUGUUGAGGCCUUCCAGUUGGACUCCAUCUUCACGCCCCAUAUCGUGGUCCAGGGCCAGGCCCAAUGUAUUGCCAAUGAUCAGGAGGCCGUUUUUGCCUCCAUUAAUUCCGUUCCCAGAUACCCUGCUCUAUCCUUCCGGGCUACUUUCUUGAGACCAAGACCAGAGUCACUGCAAGUGUCUCUAACAGGAACUCUAAAGAACAUGGAGGACAACAAUGGUGGUGCCAACAUCAUGGUUGUUCUGUUCGAGUCGGGUUUGGUGACCCAAUGUGAAGCAGGACAGAACAAAGGCACAGUCCUGGCUAACGACUAUGUCGUCAGGAGGCUCGAGAGGCUCUGCGAAGUUAAGGAUGUCUCCGGGAAGAAGAGUCUGAGCGGAACGGUCAAUUUCUUGCUCUGGGAAGGGUUCAAUAGUAGCAAAUGUGGCAUAGCUAUCUUCGUCGAAAACGGGUCUCGUCAAAUUUUGGGUUCCCAGAAACUCCAAUUGCCAGAUAAUUUGUAAUUUGUUCAGGAGAUUGUGAACUUGUUGUGAUGUCUGGAGAAUGCUUUGUAGUUAACGAAGGCACAGAUCAAAUUAUAUGUGUGGUUAUUGUCCGUAAUGUGCUUCUUACUUAGGCUCUGUUUGUUUA